CUACGGAUGACCAAAGCAGGAACAAUAGGCGCCUUGAGAGUAUAUAGGGGAACUCAAGGGGAUCCCCGUCGAAGCCCUGCGACGUCUUGAAUAGUCGUCGAUAUCUGGGCAACCUGGGCGCGCCUCCUUCCAACCUCCUACGACCCUUGUUCUUACAAGAGCAGGCUAGCGAUUCGACCGCCCUCCUUGCGCCACUUCCGACAAUUCUAUCCCCUUUCGGAACAAAGGAACAACGUUCGCUCACACUUAGGACACCGCUUACGCUCCUGCGUCUACUUGAUUUCGGUACUCAUGCCAUUUCUCUGCGGCUCAUCAAAUCGAUCCUCUCGUCGCCGGCGGGACCAUCUCUUGCGGAAAGGCAUCCUACAAUGCGCGCAAAGGGUCGCCGCCUUCGAGUCGUCCGAGGAGUACGCGACGAUGGCGCCAUGGGCCGCUGAAGCCUACUCUUGGGACCUGGUGCUGCAAUAUCUCGAAGACACGCGCGUAGCGACCCCUGCCUCAGCCUCGAUGUAUCAGACUGCACCGGUGCUUCUCACUUCUGGGGCAUCCUUUAGUCGGCCUGCAUCUUCUUCGAUGCGGUGGUCUCCCACGACGCGUUUGGACGGCAUCCCUACACCCCCGUUCUACCGUGCAUACUCUUCCGAAGACGAUGCGGCAUAUUCGAGUGAUGACACGGCCUCCGUCACUUGGUCGUCCGCGGAUUCGACACGGUCAUCGUCAUCGGCCGCCUCUUACACCACCGCUCCGACCUCCCUUGACUCUAAACCGGUGGUACAACAGUCGCUACUACGUUCACUGAAACUACAGCCGCUGACAGGCCCGCGCAUCGAGCCGUAUCCAGGACGACACCCUGACAAGCCACUCAUCGUUCCCUCGGACCAUCUCCUCGCUCACAAUGACUUUGUACUCGAGACGGAAUGGGAUGGCUUUGAGGAUUGGGAUGUGGACGAUGAACGGGACAUUAAAGGAAAUCCACAACCUCACGAGGGCCAGGCCCGACGAGAGAUCCUGAAUCUCCUCGUUCAACGAGCGCACCGACAGCUCCUGUCGGCGCGGGAAGAGCGCGCAGCCUCCGUCCGCCGUGUUCAACAAUGGCUCGAUUCGCUGGCGCCGCGCUACACGUCGCAUAGGACGACGGCUCCCGAGCGCCUCGAUGCACUCGACAGCGAGAAGCAUAAUAUACUCGACAACGAUGAACUGUUCGCGUGGCCCGCUCCGCCCCGAGACCUGCGCCGUACACUUGCCUAUCGCGAAAUUGGGAAAGCCUUCGAGGAUUGCGAGCAGUGGCCGACGUCAACGUUCACGGGUGGACAACGGAGUUCAGCGCCCUAUGCAGACCCCGAAGCGAAGUUCAGACGGUACCUCCUCGAUCUUGGCGUUCUACGCACGUAUCUGUGCGCUCUGCGCGCUGCAAAGGCAAGGAAAAGGGCGGCGGCGCAGCAGAUUGGGGCGGCAUCGGUAGCGCAACAAGAUGUUACAGGGGCAUCGACGAACUCGAGACGCUUGUUGAUGACGAAGUCAAGACGCUCGCGACCUCAGCCUCGCAAGCUCCCGGCGUUCCUUGCAGAGAUGUUCGAAGACAUGGAGCGGGAAGAGAAGCGGCGAAGAAGAAAAGCGAGGAAGGAUUGGAUGAGGCGGAACGAGAGCGCGGAGAGGGUGGGGAGGAUGAGGAGGGUGAAUGCGGACGGGCAGUGCUGAGGCGCCGUGGUUCAACAUGAUGAACGAUACAAGCGACGAAGGGGACGAGGACGGCCAUGAAUGCUUUUACGACUUUCCUACGAUUUUUAGGCACGAUUGAAUCCGAAAGAUGCCCAAUUGGACACUUGACAUCUUUUUCUGGCGCACUU